UAAUCUAACCUUGCAGAACAAAGAAAAAUAGCUAGUACAGUAGUUAUCACCUAAAUUGACUCGACUCAAGAGCAGUCAAAUGUAACUGUCAAUUAGUAAUUAAGCGAGUGAAAUUGUUGUGCUAGUACUCUCUGCUGUCCCCAACUGAUUGCGCCCCACAUAAUGCAAGAAAGAGAUAGAGAGAAAAUGACUUAUCUUGCUUUUUUCUAAGGAAAAAGAACCAAAUUUGGCCAGCUAUAUGGAUUAGAUUUAGCCCACUGCUAGCUCAGAGCCGCCUAUAAAAGACGCCCAUAUGCCCAGCCAUCCCACAGGCAGAGGACCAUCCUAGCAAACGCUGCACUUGUGCUCAGUUCGUCCCCAUGCUACACCAAUCUCUUCAGAAUCUAUCUCAGAUCGGCACUUACCUAUAGCUGAAAUGAUCAGAUAUCCUCACUAAUCAGUUAAUUGCAGUGGUAGUAGCAGCAGAUAGCUACAGGCGAGUUUAGCUAGCCAAUUUGGAAGCCUCGCCGGCGGCGACCGCGUCAUGUACAUGGACGCCUUCGGGUGGAGCGCGCCAGCCGCGCCGUGCCAGCCGAGCUGCGGCCCCGGCGGCGACGACGACGACGACGUCCUCCUCGCCGCCGUCUUGGGCGCGAGCUUCGAGCUCCACUCCCUCGUCGACGGCGGCGGCAACGGCGCCGCCGGCGCCGUUCGCUCUGACGAUGCCUACGGCCUCGACGUCGACCUGCCGUCCCACCAGAUGAGCCUCCUGCGUUGCCAAGAUGGUCUGAGUGCUCUUCACGGCGACGCGUCCCCGACGGCGGCGGCGGCGGCGUUCCUUGACUCGGUGGAUGUGUUGCCAGUGCCGGCCAUCGCCGGCGCGACGCACGACGACGGCGGGCUCCUCGAUAGGUUCGCGUUCCCGAACGUUGCCGAGACGACGACCGUGCAAGCCGCCGCGUCGAACACCGCCUUCUCCGGAUACAGCAGCAACACCACCGGCGGCGGCAACAUCUCCUCCGGCGAGUCGAACACCUACACGGAGGUGGCGUCGACGCCGUGCGCCGUGUCGACGACGACGACGACGACGGCUCUGCCCCCGUCGAAGCGGAAGCUACCAGAGAAGUACCCCGUCGUAGGCACAUCACCAACGACGAAGACCACGACGACGUCGGAGACAGCCGCAGAGCGCCGGAGCACCAAGAGAGGGGCCGGGGGCAGCAGCAGCAUCACGUUCGGCGGCGGCUGCCACGGCGCCGGUGCGGCGGCGGCGCUGCUCGGCUACGGCCGCGGGUACGAGCCGGACACGGAGGCGAUAGCGCAGGUGAAGGAGAUGAUCUACCGCGCGGCGGCGAUGCGCCCGGUCACCCUCGGCGGCCCCGCCUCCGCCUCCGACCCGUCAUCCCGGCCGCCGCCGCCGCCCCAGCGGCCGCGGCGCAAGAACGUGCGCAUCUCCAGCGACCCGCAGACGGUGGCGGCGCGGCUGCGGCGGGAGCGGGUGAGCGAGCGCCUGCGCGUGCUGCAGCGGCUGGUCCCCGGCGGCAGCAAGAUGGACACGGCCACCAUGCUCGACGAGGCCGCCAGCUACCUCAAGUUCCUCAAGUCGCAGCUCGAGGCGCUGGAAACCCUAGGGAAUGGCAAUGGCAACGGCAACCUGUUGCACCAUGGCUACUACACUGGAUCAAGAAAUGCUACUGCUACUGCUGCUACUGGUUCUAGCAAUAGCACUGUACUUGCAUUUGGGCGAGAUGGACUUGCUGGCUUUGUGAAAUCCAAUAGGAAUUUGCAAUUGUAGUACUGUGUACCAUGCAUGAUUCAUGCAUGCAUGCAAGGUGUGUAUUCGUGUGAGUGACAUAUAUAUAUUUUAUACAUGCAUGAGACAAAUCUCUUGCUGUUCAAGCUGAUAAAAAUUAAUGCUUCAUUUUUACCUUUUGAUCGAUUGAGAGGAUUUUAUAUGAUUAACAGUGUGUAACUAGGGCUGAGUUCUUAUUUUACUUUUCCGACUCA